AUGUCUAAAGUGCUCAGUUCCUUCCUUCAUGGCCAUGAAGCCACUUCAGCCGACAAAGAGAACAGGAUGGCAGUUGGAAUUACAGGCUACAAGCCCAUCCACAACUGCAAUUCAAGCAUCCCUUUUAACUUUUACAACUGCGUCAAUGUGCAAAAUAAUUCACAAUAAUCUUAGCAGAAGUGGUUAAAGCCGUUUAAAUUAUUUUCACUUAUUCAAUCAGUGUAAAUUUGACGAACUUGAUGUGUUUUGAUCGUUGCGUUUUAUAAUUUAUUCAGAACAACAUACGCAGGAUUUGAGAGUUUUUGAUAGGUAUGUGUCAAGUCAUGAAAUCAGUUAAAGCAGAAAUUAUCUGAGCUCUCGUUGAGCUUUACAUUCCCACACCAGUGGGCCUCGCAUGAAGUUUUUCUCCCUAAUUUUUUAACUAGUGUAAUCAGGAGCCCAUAAGUUGGAGUGAGCAACUCCCACACUGGGCCUAUGUCCAGGCGUUUCAUGUUGUUUACUGAACUCAUUUAGUUGUUAUUGAACUAUUGUCUAUUCAUUAAACUACACUACUAACCUAGCCCUUACCCCUGUCAACAAUUUUCUUUUCUUUUUCAAUUUCUUGAACGUUUGUUUUAAUAUUGCUCAUGCAAUACAUUUACAGUUGACCUUUAAAAACCAAAUUAAGUAAUUACACAUUUGAACAAUAAUGCCUGAACUAUCAGAAUCGAGUAUACGUGCUAUGUUACAUACUUUGACAUACUUUCUGGCCUUUCUCCAUUUAGUUUGCUUUUCGGUUACCAUCAAAACAUACAAAGGUGUGUACAGCAUGUUCAUGGUAGAGGGUGCCAGGCAUUAUACAAACGUGUAGGAGACUUUGGAUCUUUUAUUAUGUUUAGUAUCAACUACAAGUGUUUCACAUGUCAAACGUUUUCUAGUUCUCUCCAUUUUUAAGCAAUAUUUUCAUUCUAGAGGAUUCCCAAGACAGGAAACCACAGCCACACACAGAGCGAGCUUAUCGUACAAAGAAAUUCACCUGACAGGUUUGAUUUUUCAAAAAAAAAAAACAAAAUGAUAACACUGGCACGGUUGAACUGCUGAAUAUAAAGCAUUCACUGGAGAUAAAGUCAAGAUGAUAAGGGGAACAAGCAUAGAUUGGUUUUCCUUCGGUAAUUGAGAUGGUUAGAGGAGUCUGGGUGGAAUAAUUUCAGUCUUCUUGUCUUUUAGCAAUGCAAACAGUUGGCAGACAAGGUAUACCUUUUCCCCAGAUUCUUAUUCUGGCGUCAUCACUCCGUGGGACAACUGUUCCUUUGUUGGUAGAGCGAUUUUCAAGUAAGGAAAAAUUCAUAAAAAACCUGUAAUGUUAAAUUGUAAUAAAUCCAAGUAUUUUUUGCGAUUUGUCUUUAACACAGUGUUCAAUUUUCCAAUUAAAGUUGUAAUGUAUUUUUCAGGAUGGUUAACGCAGAAUGAACUCAAAGAGGCAAUAACAAAAAGCCACCCAAACCCUUCAUUCGUUUUUUUGAGGGUUAGUACACAUACAUGUCGAAUUUUAUGUUACCCAUCCAUUGGUUUGACUAUUUAUAAAGGAAAAAGAGGGAAAAACAGUUAUCCACAAAGAAGAGAGAACAUCCAGAAAGGAUUGUAACUCACAAGGUACCAGACUUCAGCUAAGCUUCCGUUUCCAGAUUUCUCAUAUGGUAUUGGGAAUCACGCCAAAAGGGCAAAAAAGGCUUUUGAUCAGGUAGAGUGUGACAGUAGGGUAGGAUGAUAAAUAUCUGUGAAAUCUUUAAUCAACUAUAAUAAAUAUCAUUAUUUGAAAAGUAUUUUUCAUUUUAAUGUUGAACAUGACCCUAUCACAAAGACAAUCUCUGUGCUUCUAAUCACAUUUCCCAUCCCAUUAAAUGUCUGCUGGUCUCAAGCCGGUAUUUAAUAGAAUGUUCGCCAUCCUUACUUUGGGUAGUGUGUUACUUUAGACAGGAAGGCCUUCUACUUUUAUAUACUGACCUCUCUUCUGCAUUUUCUUCAGCAUGAGCUAAAAAUCAAUUACCUACAUAGUGUAUAUGUUUAUAUUUUUGCACAUUAUUUCAGUAUUCUCAGUCUGUAUUAUAUAAUAUAUAUUGCCAGGUUUGAAGGCAUUUGGCUUUAUGCUGAUUAUAACAAUUAUUGCUUGUUCAUUUGGCCUGUUAUUUGCAUCUCAACUGCCACUGUGGUAGACUUGUCUAAUGAUGGAGGUGACCAGGUAUGCAAACCAAAUUUGACUAGUGCGAACCAGCUACUUAUUAGUGAUGAGUCAGGGAUUCCAACUUUGGUAUAGCCUUGGUGGCCACGAAAAUGGUGUACUGGUGACCAAAAGUACAUGAUGCUAGUAUAUCUUUCAUGUUAACGCAAGUACAGUUCCAUGCACAAACCAUUUAUUUUCUAAGAUAAUAAACUUAAUUAUUUUUCUUAUGUUAUAUUAAUUCAGAAAAUUCUCAUAGUUUCACUAUUAGCUUGGCUAUGUCAUACAUUCUGUACCAUUACUUCAUGGAAGUCAUGGCUCUUUUGUGUUUUAUUGGAGUCUGUCAAAUGCAUCCCAAACACAGUGAUUGAUCCACCCAAACCUGGAACUGAUGGAGGUUAUAUGGUAAGUGAGAAGAGUUUAGCUAAUGCAAUUCAUAAUAUGGAAUGCUUGGCUAUCCUCACUGCAUAUAUAUAUAUGUUGUUUUCAUUUUUAGGCUCAUCUCCAUGGAAGAGAGAAUAAGUGA